GGUUGGGGUAGCGCGCGGUCGUGCUACGCGCUACGCCGUAGCUCGUAGCGCUACGGAAUCGGAAAAGUUUACAUAGUUUAUGUGAGUGCAGUGGAAUGUUAUGAUUUCAGACUGCCUGUCAUCUUGAACGUGAAACUUACCGGCAUGGCGCUUCGCGGAUGCGUGGCCUUCCUGUUGUUGCUGGCUGCGUCUCCGUCGCUGAGCCAGCUGAUCUUCCUGAUGGAGCCACCGCCGCGGCUGUCCUUCUCCAACAGCACGGGCGCCAGCGUGUCGUGCGCCGCGCACGGCUCGCCCGCGCCCACCAUCACCUGGCUCACGGAGGACGGUGUCCCCGUGGCCGACGUGCCCGGUCUCAGGGAGGCGCUGGCGAACGGCACGCUGCGGCUGGGCGCCUUCUCCGCCGCGCAGUACCGCAGCGACGUGCACGCCGCCGUGUACCGCUGCCGCGCCGCCGGCACCGUCGGCACCGUGUUGUCGCGCGACAUGCGGCUCGAGGCAGUGAUGGACGUGCCGUGGGACGUGCGCGUGCAGCCGACGCACGGCGUGUCGGGCGGCGCGGCGCUCAUGACCUGCGCCGCGCCGCCCACCGUGCGCGCCCACGUCACCGUCACCAGGUGGUUCAAGGACGGCGCGGUGCUGGCUCCGUUGGUCGGUGAUGCUGGUGGUCACUACAUGAUCGGCGGCAGCCGGGGAGACAUCCUGGUGAUCAGGGAGGCCAGACCUGAUGAUGCCAGCUCCUACUCCUGUGAAGCUCAGCAUGCUCUCACUGGGGAGAAGAGACGAAGUGCAUCGGCUAUGAUUGCUGUUUCACAUCAAACGGGAAGCAUGGCCCCGCGGAUCCUGACGGUGUCCGAGGACGAGACGGUGCCGCAGGGCGGCGACAUCCGGCUCGUGUGCUGCGCCAUCGGCAGCCCGCCGCCGGCGUACAGUUGGUUCCGCCACGCCAACGGUCGCCUCAGCCCCGUGUCCAACAGCAUCCGGAUCUCCGUGUCGGAGCAGGUGCUGGUCGUGCGGCGCGCGCAGGCGGCGGACAGCGGCGUGUGGACGUGCCGCGCGCACAACCAGUACGGCGAGCAGCGCCGCGACGCGCGCCUGCGAGUGCGCUCCCGGCUCGUCGUCAGCGUGCACCCGCAACUGCAGGUAGCGAACUCGGGCAGCUCAGUGCAGUUCAACUGCUCGGUGGAGGGCGGCGAGGCGCGCGUGCGCUGGCUGCACGACGGCGUGCCCGUGGGCGGCGGCGAGCGGACGCUGCGCGUGCACGGCGUGGUGCGCGCGCACCGCGGCAUGUACCAGUGCUUCGCCGAGCGGGACCUGGACAGCGCGCAGGCGGCGGCGGAGCUGCGGCUGGGGGACACGGCGCCCGAGCUGCACUACACGUUCAUCGAGCAGGCGCUGCACCCCGGGCCGGCGCUGGCGCUGCACUGCUCGGCGUCCGGCUCGCCGCCGCCGCGCUUCACCUGGCUGCUAGACAUGCAGCCCGUGGAGGAACACAACACUGCACAGAGGAGUAUAUCGCAGUUCAUGAGUCCCAACGGCGACGUGGUCAGCUACCUCAACAUCACCGGCGUGCGCGCCGAGGACGGCGGGCGCUACACCUGCCGCGCGCAGAACACGCGCGGCGCCGUGGAGCACUCCACGCGACUCAAUGUCUAUGGCCCGCCGUCCAUCCGCAGCAGCGGGCCGGUGCGCGUGGUGGCGGGGGUCAACGCCACCAUCUACUGCCCGUACUCUGGAUUUCCAAUCAGCGACAUCCGCUGGCAGCGCGGCGGGCUAGACGUGGGCUCCAGCGGGCGCGCGCUGGCGGGCGGCGGCGGCGAGCUGCUGCUGUGGCCGGCCGAGCCGGCGGACGCGGGCGUGUACUCGUGCCGCGUGUCCGCGCCCUCGGGCCUGUACGCGCAGAAGGACGUGCAGAUUUUUGUUAGAAAUCCACCAAAAAUAGCCGGUUUCUCAUUUCCCGCGGACCUGGUGGAAGGCAGCUCGAUACAAGUGCUGUGCGGCAUCACGUCCGGGGACAAGCCGGUGUACUUCUCGUGGCUCAAAGAUGGCCAGCAUGUACCAUCAAACUUACAGGUCCAAGAGAAAUCGUUGGAUGAGUUCAGUUUCCUGAUCUUCUCUCACGUGACGUCGAAGCACAGCGGCGAGUACACGUGCGUGGCCAGCAACAGCGCCGCCGAGGUCAACCACACCGCGCGCCUCGCCGUCAAAGUGGCUCCCUCUUGGGUGUACGAGCCUCAGGAUGUGUCAGCACUGCUCGGCACUCAGAUCAUCGCGCAUUGCGCAACUAAAGGCUACCCUGAACCAAGAGUAACAUGGCUAAAAGCUCAAGGCCCAAGUUCAACGGAUUUUCGUCCGCUCAACCGUCUGGAGCUGCCCAUGUCGGUGCUCGGCAACGGCUCGCUGACCGCCGCGGCCGCCGCGCGCGCGCACGAGGGCCGCUACAUGUGCCGCGCCGACAACGGCGUCGGCCGCGGCCUGUCCAAGGUCAUCACCGUGUCCGUCAACGAGCCCGCGCACUUCGAGUUCUCGUCGCGCAACAUGUCGGUGCGGCGCACCGCAAGCGCCGCGCUGCAGUGCGCCGCACGCGGGGACGCGCCCAUACAGCUGCACUGGACGCACAACAUGCAGCGCCUCGACCUCUCCACCUACCGAGUGUCAGUGUCAGAGAAGCGGUCGGAGAGCGGCGCCAGCUCCACGCUGACGAUAGCGCACGCGCAGCGCCGCGACUCGGGCGUGUACCGCUGCCGCGCGGAGAACGCGUACGGAAGAGACGAACUGCUCAUUUACUUGGCAGUACAAGAGUUCCCCGAAGCGCCGCGCGGGCUGGCGGUGGAGCGGCGCGAGGGCCGCGCGGCGCGCGUGUCGUGGCGGCGCGGCUACGACGGCAACGCGCGGCUGCGCGCCUACCGCCUGCAGUACCGCGUGGUGGGCGACACGCGCCGCGCCGCCGACUGGACCGACGCGCCCACCAGGGACCUCUCUCCGGACUUGCUUUUACAAAGACAAGAGUCGGCAGAAGCGGACGCGGAGGUGACGCUGGAGUACCGCGUGGACGGGCUGCGGCCCGCCACCGCCUACGCGCUGCGCCUGGCCGCCGUCAACGACAUCGGCGACAGCGAGUACUCCGACUCUGUCAUUGUGCAGACUUUGGAAGAGGCUCCAUCCGAAGCACCUCGUAACGUAGAGGUCCAAGCCGACGCUCCGGGAGAACUCCUUGUUAAGUGGCAGCCGCCGUCGCAAGAGUCGUGGAACGGCGAGCUGCUGGGCUACGCGCUGUGGUGGCGCGGCGACAACGCCACGCUGGCGCUGACGGCGCCGGGCUGGGCGGCCAGCGGCGCGCGGCUGGCGGGGCUGCGCGCGCACGAGCGCUACGAGCUGCGCGUGCGCGCGUUCAACGCGGUGGGCGCCGGGCCCGCCUGCGCGCCGCUCGCCGCCACCACGCUCGAGGACAUCCCGGAGGCGCCGCCCGCGCACGUGCGCUGCGAGGCGCUGUCGGCGCAGUCGCUGCGCGUGCUGUGGGAGCCGCCGCCGCCCGCGCUGCGCGGCGGCCUGCUGCUCGGGUACGAGAUCACGUACCAGGAAGUGGGCUCCCUGGACGCGGCGUGGGAGAAGCGGCGCGCGGGCGGCGGCGAGGCGCAGCUGGCGGGGCUGCGCGCCGGCAACUACAGCGUGCGCGUCGCCGCGCGCACCGCCGCCGGGCUCGGCCCGCCCGCCGCCGCGCACUGCGCCACGCUGGACGACGUGCCCGGCCCACCGGCGGACAUCAAAGUCAUUCCGAUCUCUGAGGACGCGGUGAUCGUGAGCUGGCUGGCGCCGGCGCAGAGAAACGGCAGGAUCAGACAUUACACUGUCUACAACAGGCCGCAAAGGACAGGCCAGCACUCGCACGCGCUCGUGCCGCACACUGCGGAGGAGCAGAUGCUGGAGCUGCGCGGGCUGCAGGAGCACCAGCUGUACGAGUUCUGGGUCACCGCCGCCACUGCGGCCGGGGAGGGCGAGAUGAGCGCCAUCGUCGCUAAGAAACCCAGCGCCAGAGCCGGUGCAAAGCUAUGGUCCUUUCCACGACGAAUAACAGUGGCAGAGGGCGCCCGCGUAGCGCUGACGUGCGGCGCCGCCGGCUCGGGCGCACCGACGCGCCUGUGGAGCCGCCGCCGGCCGCCCGCGCCCGCCGCCGACUCCAGGAUUCGGCUCGAAGGACAUCGACUCGUUAUACCUAAGGUGGAGGCGUCUCUGGGCGACAACUACACGUGCACGGUGCGCAACAUGUGGGGCGAGGAGCGCGGCACGUGGGAGCUGCGCGUGGCGGCGCCGCCCGCGCGCCCGCGCCUGCGCCUCUCCGGCUCGGCGCCCGCCGCGCUGCUGCUGGCCUGGGACGCGCCCGCCGGCGACCCGCACAGUUUCACGCUGGAGUACGCGCGCGGCGAGGGCGCGUGGCAGGCGGCGUGGGUGGCGGGCGGCGCGCGCUCGCACGCGCUGCGGCGGCUGGCGUGCGGCGCGGCGUACCGCGUGCGGCUGACCGCGCACAACGCCGCCGGCUCCUCCGCGCCCAGCGAGCUGCUCGCCGCCGCCACCGCGGGUGGAGUGUCCAAGCCUGCAGCGGAGAAGUACCUCAUAUCGAGCAACAGCAGCUGCGUGAGGCUGAACCUGCUGACGUGGGACAGCAACAGCUGCCCGCUCACGCACUUCGUGGUGUCGCUGCGCGCCUUCGCCGACAGCGCCUGGCGCUCCGAGACCGUGGCGCCGGAGGCCGCGCCCGCCGCCCUGUGCGCGCUGCGGGCCGCCACGUGGUACCACCUGAAGGUCGUGGCCUUCAGCACGGCCGGCGCCGCCACCGCCACCUACUACUUCUCUACUCUGACUGAUGAAGGAGAGCGCAUAGCACCCCCCGCGCAGUUCCCGUCGGGGGGCGAGGAGGAGCAGCCGGCGGGCGGCGGCGCGCUGCUGCUCGCGGCCGCUGCGGCGCUGCUGGUGGCGGUGCUACUACUCGCUAUUUACGUUUUUAAAAGAAGUACGACGGCUUCCUGUUUUCGAAAAGGUUACGAACAAAGCGGAGUAUCAGAAGAAGACAAAUCUGUGGAGAAGCGUGACAACAGAAGAAACUGUCAGCAAGUUUAUACUUCUUCUCCCAUUAAAAAUCUUAAUACUAAGAAGGAACAACAAGAGAUGUACGAGAUCAGUCCGUACGCGACGUUCAGCAUGUCGGGCGGUGCGGGGGGCGCGGGGGGCGCGGCGCCGGGCCCGGAGACCGGCAGCGGCACGCUGCGCACGUUCGGGCGCGCCGAGCCCGCGCCGCUCAGCGCCGCGCCGCCGCGGGCCGCGCACUCGCACCGCUCCCCCGCGCACACUGAUGAAUACACACUGUCGCGCGCAAUGACGCUGAUGGUACGGCGGACGGAGUCGGACUCCGACUCGAGCGGCUCGCCCUGCGCCGAGUGCAACUCCAGCGUCUCCUACAGGAUGCCGCUGGCUCCUGCCAAGGCGGAUGAAGUGUUCCGCGCGGUGACGGACUCGAGCGCGGAGUCGUGCGGCGGCUCGGGCUCGCGCGACAAGUCGCGGCGCCGGCCGCGGCGACACCACGCGCCCAACGCGAACAGGUACCAGCAGCAGCAGCGGCAGGAGCAGGAGCGGAGAGACUUCACGAUACACGUGUGACUUGACAAUAAGACUGCUGCAGGCGACAGUACCACUGAACAAAUUGUUGACUAGAGAUAGCUACGGUCUAGAAUUACUUUGUUUUUUAAUCGGUCAGUUUAUAGUCUCACGACGGCGACUCGGUUGACGUGUCCAUUUCAUAAAACAGAUUAAAUAAUUAUGCAUUUAAAAUAAAAAAAAA